UGCUAUACAACCUCCCUGCACACUCAUCAUUCACCACCUCUCCUCAUUAUGUUCCUUCUUACCCCCCCCACUACACCAAUCCCAAACUUUAAUUCAUCCUCAUAGAAUUAUAUAUAUAGAUAUACACACACCAUACAUACAUAUAUAUAUAUAUAUAUCAUCUGAUCAUCUCUUCAAGAUUCUUCUCUUCACGAAACUUAAUCAUGUCUCUGGAUCACUUUGCUUCUGCUCGUCUUUGCUAUGCUCACUGCAACUUCUGCAACACCAUCUUAGCGGUGAGUGUUCCAAGCUAUACCAUGUUGAAUAAUGCAGUGACAAUUGUGUGUGGUCAUUGUGGAAAGUUGCUGUCUUUCGAUGUGGGAGUUUUGCCACCAAAGCCUGCUCAGCUUCAGAUUUCCAAUAAACAACUGCGUGGUGAGGAGUCUGAGUCAUCUUCCAGGUGUAAAAGAAUUAGUUCAAAAGCUGAACAUCAACCCAAAACAAUCUCCCCACAAGCCAUGGAGAAGAGACAACGUGUUCCUUCAGCAUACAAUAGGUUCAUUAAAGAGGAAAUCCAGAGGAUAAAAGCUAACAAUCCUGACAUUAGUCAUAGAGAAGCUUUCAGUGCUGCAGCAAAAAAUUGGGCACAUCUCCCUCGAAUGUAUCCUCCAAUGGGGUCCCGAAAUAUGGUAUGAUGAAAUUUACAAGAGCCAUCCUGGGAGCUAAAGAACUUGAUUAUCGAUAGUAAUUUUUAAUUUAAUCAGUGAAAAUAUUGUAAAAUAAUCAACUUUCUUAAAUAAAUAAUUAGCAUUAAACUCCUAUAAUUAGUGCCCUAA